UAAUUUAGGUGCAGCCACGUAGCUGUGGGGCAUUCUUGGCUGGCUCGUAGCGGAAAACUUGCCCCGGAUUUUGGAUUUUGUCCUUGACUCUUCUUCGCAAGACACGAUGAAGCCUCUGGUUCCCCAUUUUCUGGCAGUUUCUUUUCUUUUAAUUGUCCUACAAGACAGUGUCAGAGUGGAAGAAUGCAUCUUUAGAAAACUGGACAGAGAGGACAGAACAUUUUGUAGAGGGAGUCUAGAAGUUUACUACCCAGAAUUGGGAGAUGUUGGCUGUUCAUAUAUUCCAAAGUGCAAUGCUUAUCGUAAACGGAUCAGCAACGAAUGGAUCAGCCCCGAAGUUAAAUAUCAGCAGGCAGAUAUGAAUAAAAAGUAUAUUCUCAUCAUGGUCGAUCCAGAUGCUCCUAGCAGAUCUAAUCCAAUCUAUCAGUUCUGGAGACAUUGGGCUGUGACUGACAUCAGCGGCGAUGAUUUGAAGACGGGGAACCUGGAAGGUCAUGUAAUAGCAGACUACAUCCGACCCACACCACCCCCUGAAAGUGGUUACCACCGCUAUCAAUUCCUUCUCUACGAACAGCCAGCUCGUGAAGUUGUAUCUUUGAAUUCAGAUGAAAUUGCAUCUUCCGGUUCCUGGAACCUAGACAACUUUGUGGAUCGGUUUCAUCUUGGAACACCUGUGGCUUCAACCCAGUUUAUCACUAAGGAUUACCAUGACUAGUAAUACCGGUAGAAGCACCAUGAGUACAUCCACCAUUGCUCUCAAUGAUUUAGCUUGAUUUCUUCCCUAUGGAGCAGAAGCACGCUCCCCAUCAAAGUGAAUCUUCCUCUUCAUUCAACAAGCAUGGGCUGGAUUUUUGCACGAUCAGUAGGCUUUAUACGGCUGGCGAUGAUUUUAUUUUAGGAUCCAUUACUGGCAUUACUACGAUGACAUAGUCGUCCCUAGCAUUCCACCACAUAUAUCACAGAAAAUGUAACACAUUCACUGCAGAACCUUUAUGGCCUUAAAAGUUAAAUAUGUAUGUAUUUUCAUAUUAGCCUGGAAGCAAAGGGACAAUAUAGCCACCAACCUAUAAUCAUUCCUUAAACACGGAAACAUGGCCGCUUACCAGCUCAGAUUUCUGCCGAAUGUGUCUUCUGUUAAAAUUCUAUCCAACUAUGAUUAUAUAUAUAUAUAUAGGGCAGGGAUCGGCAACCUUAAACAUUCAAAGAACCAUUUGGAUCCGUUUCCCAUAGAAAAGAAAACACCGGGAGCCACAAAACCCUUUUGACAUCUAAAAUGAAGAUGAACACUGCAUAUAUCAUUUUUUACCUUUAUGCUAUUUACUAUUGGAACGUCCAUAGCCUACUCAUGACCAAUAACUACACAUGUCUCAGCCUUUUGUUUUAGAUAUUUAAUGGGCAUCAAAUUACCUUCUUAUACUCUUUUAUGGCACUUCCAUUCAUGAUUUCCCUUCCCAGGCUACAUAUUCGUUGCAAGUACGCAUCCAUGUUGUUGCACCCUUGAAUUAAUACCUGCCAUUUAUUGCAGCAUUCAAUUAAAAAGAGCAUUUCACCA